CAUCUUCCUUGGCAAUAUCACUUCUUCAGUUCCUCCCCCCCCAAAGUCGUCCACAUUCACUGUUGAAGAUAUUAAUCCGUCGGCGAUCAGAAAGAGAGAGGCCCACCUGAGUUCAAUACGGCGGUCAGAGGGGCCUGUGUUUAGCGUCCUGCGUUGAUAUGAGAUUUGAGUGAAGAAAUGGUGUCGUUAUAGCUCUAUUGUUGACAUCGAGUUUUUGCUGAAGGAUAUUCGGAUAGUGAAAAUGGAUCGGGCGCCGAUUACUGGUGGGUCUGGUAUGGACAUGCCGAUUAUGCACGAUGGCGACCGGUAUGACUUCGUUCGCGAUAUCGGAGCGGGAAAUUUUGGUGUAGCGAGGCUCAUGAGAGACAAGGUCACCAAGGAGCUUGUUGCUGUAAAGUAUAUCGAGAGAGGCGAUAGGAUAGAUGAAAAUGUUCGAAGAGAAAUUAUUAAUCACAGGUCGUUAAGGCACCCAAAUAUUGUUAGAUUUAAAGAGGUCAUUUUAACACCUACUCACUUGGCCAUAGUCAUGGAAUAUGCAUCUGGAGGAGAGCUUUUUGAGCGAAUAAGCAAUGCUGGGCAUUUCAGUGAAAAUGAGACUCGUUUCUUCUUUCAACAACUUAUAUCUGGAGUCAGCUACUGCCACGCAAUGCAAGUAUGUCACCGGGAUUUAAAGCUGGAAAACACGUUGUUGGAUGGAAGCCCAGCUCCUCGGUUGAAAAUUUGUGAUUUUGGGUACUCCAAGUCUUCAUUGCUUCAUUCACAACCAAAAUCUACUGUGGGAACUCCUGCAUACAUUGCUCCAGAAGUAUUAUUGAGACAAGAGUAUGAUGGCAAGACUGCAGACGUGUGGUCAUGUGGAGUGACAUUGUAUGUGAUGCUUGUGGGAUCAUAUCCUUUCGAGGAUCCUGAUGAACCAAGGGACUUCCGGAGGACAAUACAAAGAGUUCUCAGUGUUCAGUAUUCCAUUCCAGAUGGUAUUCAAAUAUCUGAGGAGUGUCGCCAACUGAUUUCAAGGAUUUUUGUUGCUGAUCCCGCUGCUAGGAUUACAAUGCCUGAAAUCAAGAACCAUCCGUGGUUUCUGAGGAAUCUUCCAGCAGACUUAAUGGAUGAAAAUAUGAUGAGUAACAACUUUCAAGAGCCUGAUCAACCCAUGCAGAGUGAUGACUUGGUCAUGCAGAUUGUUGCGGAGGCUACCAUACCAGCAGCUGGAAUCCACACUCUUGACCAUUACUUGACAGACAAUCUUGACAUGGACGAUGACAUGGACGACUUUGAUUCUGAAUCCGAUCUGGAUGUGGACAGCAGUGGGGAGAUAGUAUAUGCACUGUGAUACUCAUCAGAGGACAUGCAUCUUUGUAGCUCACAGGACGUGUGGUGGAGUAUCUGGCUGAUUGCUGAGAGCGGCAUAUGCUUCUUUGAAAAUAUGUGGUGUAACAGUUUGCAGGAUUUAUACCCUAGACUAGAGGAAUUUGUUUAGUGACUGGUAGAGAGUCGGUUGUAAUACAUUCCCUAUUUAUGUAUAAUUUUUGAGUUAGUUCUGUUCUGUCUGUCAGUGUUGGUUCUGGUUGGACAUAAGCAUGUAUGUAUACUAUGACCUCUGCUUCUGUACGUUUCUCUAUAUUUAUGUUGAAUCCUAGUACCUUUGUGGCUUUGUUGCUGCAUCCUGCAUGCAGGGAAA